AUGGCGUCCGACGAGAUCCAAGCUAUCGACGUGGUUAAGACUCAUCAAUCCGAAAAGAGUGUCACGUCUGCGCAUACCGACAAACCUGAUAUUGAACAUGCGUAUGUCCAAGACGACCCUCGUCAAUGGUCCAAAACUCGCAGGUUGACGAUAGUCGUGAUGAUAUGUGCGGCGGCCUUAAUAGCCGGCUUUGGAUGUAACAUCUAUAAUCCUGCGAUAUCUCAGAUUGAAUCGGACCUACAUGCCACAAGCAAUCAGAUGAGCUUGACAUUGUCACUAUUUAUCCUGGUCCAAGGAGGUCUCCCCGUCAUAUGGAGCGCGAUCAGCGAAAUACAAGGUCGAAAGAUGGUCUAUCUGUUGUCGAUAGCUCUCUACACUGUAGGCUCCCUUGUGGCUGCGCUUUCUAAGUCCAUUCAAGUAUUGAUUGUCAUGCGGGUGUUGCAAGCUGCUGGCGGAAGUGCUGUUGUGUCCAUUGGAGCUGCGACACUCGCAGACCUAUAUGAGCCAUCCGAGAGGGGAACGAUGAUGGGUCUCUAUUUAUGUUCUGCGAACUCACAUAUUAUCCUAAUCUGUUCCUGGUUCCCUUUUUCUGCCCAUAUUACUGACAACAGUGCGCCUCUACUCGGACCGUCCGUCGGGCCCAUUUUAGGCGGCGCUCUGACGCAAGCUUUCACCUGGCGUGCACCAUUCUGGUUCCUUGUCAUCUUCACCGGUCUCUGCUGUCUAUCAUUCAUAUUCUUCAAGGACACGUUUCGUCAAGAACGCAGUCUUACUUAUCAGACCGUGUUGAAGCGCAUCGAAGCACAUCAAGCCAAGAGUUCUUCGCAUGUAUCUCAUGCCACCCCAACUUUGGAUCAAGUGCCACCCAGGGAGAGUCCCGACUUCAAGGAGCUGAAGGAAGAAACUGCAUCCAUUACGACGACCAUCGUGGCGGGCGAUGUUGAAGCUCGGCUCUCCACAAAAGAGGAGUCAACGUCUGUGACGAAUAUCAAGCUGACAUUAAGAGACGCAAAUCCUAUAGGCCCCAUGGUUCAAGUGCUGCAUCGACUGAAUAACGUCAUAGUCAUAGUGUCCUCCGCCUUGCUCUUUGCAUUCGAAUUCAGUCUUACAUACACGGCGUCACGAACGUUAGCAAACGAGUACCAAUAUGAUGCGCUCAAUAUUGGCCUUGUUUUGCUUGCUUUCGGAGCGGGUGCCCUACUUGGCAGUAUAAUUGGCGGACGUUACUCCGACCACGUUCUGCAGAAGUUGAAAGCUCGAAAUGGCGGAAGGGGCACUGCUGAGGCGCGCAAUUUGUGUAGUGCCACGCCUUGA